AUGGCAGACGCGAGCGAGGUCGAGGCUCAGGUGAUUGAGGUUGUGGGAGAGCAGCUCGAGAAGCAGGGAUCGGUGAAGAUCGACUCUAACUUCAUCGAGGACCUCGACGCAGACUCCCUGGACACAGUCGAGAUCAUCAUGUCGCUCGAGGAGAAGUUCGACAUCGAGAUCUCAGAAGACGACGCGCAAAAGAUGGUCACUGUUAAGGAUGCGGUCGACUACAUCUCCGCAAACGUGUAAUGUCUUUGAUAGUUUGGUAUGCGGUAGUUUGUUUUCGGUUUGAAGGAUGGGAGGGCACGCAGAAGGACGGAGGGGGGGCGGGGGGGGGGCAUCACAAAGAGGGCGUCGCGCGUCUUUUGCCGUGCCAUGAGUAGGCAAGGGGGGCCGGCUGCUGUUUGCAAAGCGAGCAAGGUACCUAGGUGCGUGUUUGCGCUGAGGUGUUUCUGUGCGUGUCUAUCUCUUCUUUUUAUUUUCACUCUCCCCUGUCCCAUCCCUUGCCAGCAGCUGGUUGGAGUUCACCUCGUGCGGGGCGCGUUGUAGGGGAUGGAAAAAGAUGGAUUUCCUGUGCGUUCUGUCUUUGUUUUGGCGCUGGUUGUCUAUCUUUUUGAGGCCGCUCUACGUGCGCGUCUGCGAGCAUCGAGCUUUUAAAGUUUGGCGCUAAAUAACGUCUUUUUUUUUUUUUUUGAGCUGUUGGGCGGAGUACUGGGAAAAGGUGGCAGCAGUUUUCUAAGCGAUUCGCGUGGUGGACAUGAUCCUCCCCUGGUUGUCCCCUAGACAGAGAACAAGUGAGACGAAAAUGUCUCCUUGGAAAGUAUUUGCCCCGUCUGACUGAUGGGAAACCCUUGCUAAGACGAUGCUCGAUCUCCGCCAAUCAGCGCGGACGGGGUGGGGCGGGGGGCGGCUCGCAUCACGCCCCUGCCGCCGGCGCGACGGUGGUCGUCGGCGUGGUGAUCUGUUCGCCGAAAUUCUGUGAUUUGGCGUCGAGAGAAAACGACAAAGGAACGAGCGUUCGUUCUUCCUGACGCCCUCCAGCGCCCGAAUUCCAUCGCCGUUUAGCGAAGAUGUUGUUGCUGUUGUUGCCACUUGUCGUUGUCGUCAUUCGAGUUCAUGGGUCAAGGCCAACGAUGCGUAGUUUUUCUG